AUGGUUGAGCUCCGUCGUUCAACAAGAAAGAAGAGCUCUGAUGCGCCAAAGAGAGCCCCAGAAGAGGAAGAAGUAGCACCUAAUGCACCCGAGACAAAAAAAGCUAAGACAAACGGGAGCAAGGGCGAGCUAGAGGAGGGUGACGAAGUUCCUGAUGUUGUUUUGAAAAACCAAGAGGGGGAAGAGGUGUCGCUCAAGAGCGUUGUGCAGCAAAACAAGGUUGUCGUAGUUUUUGCCUACCCCAAAGCAAGUACGCCUGGUUGCACGAAACAGGCAUGUGGCUUCAGGGACAACUACGAAGAACUGAAAAAGAAUGCUGCCGUAUUUGGGCUGAGCACGGACACCCCCAACGCGCAGCAGAAAUUCAAAGAAAAGAACUCGUUGCCAUUUGACCUGUUGUCAGAUCCUCAGCGCAAACUGAUUGGACCACUCGGGGCCAGCAAAUCGCCUUCGGGUACGAAAAGGUCAUAUUGGGUAUUUGUUCAAGGAAAGCUGCGCACCAAGCGGAUUUCUGUGUCACCAGAGGCCUCUGUAAGCGAAGCCAAGAAGGAGGCGAUCGAGGCUGCGCAGACCGAUGAUGGCGAAAACGCGAAGGAAGAAGUGAAGGAAGAACAAGAUGGCGAAGUUAGUGGAGAAGAUGAGGUAGACGGUAACGACGAAGACGACGAAGACUUCAACGAACAGGAGGGUGAGGACCCUGAAUUGGAAGAGGUGGGUCAGGAAGAAGACGAAGAGUAUGAAGAGGGUGAUUUGAAAAAAGACGAAGACAGCGAAGCUGAUGUCGAAGGUGGAAACGAUGACAGCGUGGACGCCAAAGAAGAAGCCGACGGAUUACAAGAAGAUGAGGCCGAAGGCGAAGAAGAAAACGAGAGUAAUGAAUAG